AUGGAUGUGCUGCUUGAAAACUCCAAACACAACGUGCCUCUUUGCUCCUCCAGGAUUUUUGGAGGUUUGGUCCUGGAUGUGAAGCGGAAAGCACCCUUCUACUGGAGCGACAUUAGGGAUUCACUCAGUCUUCAGUGUCUAGCUUCUAUCCUUUUCCUCUACUGCGCCUGCAUGUCCCCCGUCAUCACAUUCGGAGGUCUGCUUGGAGAAGCAACGAAAGGCAACAUAAGUGCAAUAGAAUCUCUUUUUGGAGCUUCUCUGACAGGGGUGGCAUACUCCCUCUUUGCAGGCCAGCCCCUCACCAUUCUUGGCAGCACUGGGCCUGUUUUAGUGUUUGAAAAGAUCCUCUUCAAGUUUUGCAAUGAUUACAGCUUGUCCUACCUGUCACUGCGAACAAGCAUCGGCCUAUGGACGGCCUUCCUGUGUUUGGUGCUGGUAGCCACAGACGCAAGCUCACUGGUCUGCUACAUCACUCGCUUCACAGAGGAAGCUUUCGCAGCUCUCAUCUGCAUAAUUUUCAUCUACGAGGCCCUGGAGAAGCUCUUUCACCUCGGAGAAUAUUACCCGGUCAAUAUGCACAACAGCUUAGACAAUCUCACCUUCUAUUCGUGUCAGUGCUCUCCACCAGCCAAUGCAUCAGAUCUGCUCAUGCAGAAGUGGAACCGUUCUGGUUACCUCAGCUCGGACUCGAUCCCGUGGCACAACUUCAAUGUUUCGAUGUGCCAGCACUUUCAUGGGGAUUUUGUGGGUCCUGCCUGUGGUCACCAUGGCCCCUACAUCCCAGACGUCCUCUUUUGGUCCAUUAUCCUCUUCUUCACCACCUUCUUUUUAUCCUCCUUCCUCAAGCAGUUUAAGACGGAUCGAUACUUCCCAACCAAGGUGCGUUCCACUAUCAGUGAUUUUGCUGUGUUUAUAACCAUCAUGAUUAUGGUGCUGGUGGAUUUUCUGAUGGGAAUCCCAAGUCCUAAACUGAAUGUUCCUGACCGCUUCGAGCCAACUUCAAAGAACAGAGGCUGGCUGAUGGAUCCAUUAGGAGAUAAUCCCUGGUGGACGCUGCUGGUGGCAGCACUUCCUGCUCUGCUCUGCACCAUCCUCAUCUUUAUGGACCAGCAGAUUACUGCAGUCAUCAUCAACCGCAAAGAGCACAAAUUAAAGAAAGGCUGUGGCUAUCACCUGGAUUUGCUGAUUGUGUCAGUAAUGCUGGGGGUGUGCUCCAUUAUGGGCUUGCCGUGGUUCGUGGCUGCAACCGUCCUGUCCAUUUCCCACGUAAACAGCCUGAAGGUGGAGUCCGGCUGCUCAGCACCAGGAGAGCAGCCCAAGUUUCUGGGCAUUCGGGAGCAGCGGGUCACGGGGUUCAUGAUUUUUGUCCUCAUGGGCUGCUCUGUUUUCAUGACGUCAGUGCUAAAGUUUAUUCCCAUGCCCGUUCUGUAUGGAGUCUUUCUCUACAUGGGUGUCUCUUCGCUCAAAGGCAUUCAAUUCUUUGACAGAAUCAAACUGUUUGGCAUGCCUGCAAAGCACCAGCCCGAUCUGAUCUACUUGCGCUACGUGCCGCUGUGGAAGGUUCAUAUCUUCACUCUGGUGCAGCUCACCUGUUUGGUAUUGCUCUGGAUAAUCAAGGCCUCUGCAGCAGCUGUUGUAUUCCCCAUGAUGGUUUUGGCGCUGGUCUUUAUCCGAAAGUUUCUGGACCUUUUUUUCACUAAGAGAGAGUUGAGCUGGCUCGAUGACCUGAUGCCAGAAAGCAAAAAGAAAACGGAGGAUGACCAAAAACUGGAAGCACAAAAUCUGGAGGAUGAGUCAGACGUGCAGGAAGAAGAGGAGAUGGGGGUGAAAGUCAGGUUUGCAGGUUCGACCCGGUACAGUAUUUCAGGGAGCUCCGACUCUGACCCCUUGGUUGUAAAUAUCUCUGAUGACAUUGUCCAAACGGCAGUGUGGAAAGCAGUGAACUCGAGCGCAGAGUCUUGUGCCCAACCCGUGAAGCGUAGCGACAGCCUAGAGAAGGUGGCCUGCGUUAGAGUGGACGUCGGCCCGGAGACACCAGGAGAGGGCUCCACCACAGAGACCUUCCUGUAGUCCUGGACGCCCGUUCUCCUGAAUCCUCACAACACUUUCACUCCGACGUGGAGCCCUUCGGACAGCAGAGAGGACCUGGAGCGCCACAAUCUGCUUUUCUCUCAAAGAAUUAGAAAAGCUGCUAAGAGGAUACAAUCCUUUUCUACCGGAUGUCAAAGGAACGGCCUUACUGACGGGGGUCUCAGACUGUACGAACAGAACUUUACUUUUAUUGGGAUUUACUCACGUCUGCUGUUAUUUCAGCUGGUGGUGAGACUGGACACUGGUGUGGGUCAGAACAUUGUUUAGGGUUGAUUCAUUUCAUGACGAUACACCAGCCUAAAAAAAAAAAAAAAA